AGCAGGUAAAGUUGUUUUUGGCGCUUCAAAAUUUAAUGAAGACCAUUUUUUAUGUGUUCGCUCAAUAAUUGUUUAUUUCUGGCAAUGUCUUUUUUUUUUUUUAACUUACCUAUUCUGCAGGCUUUUAUUCAGAAUUUGCCUUUGUUUUUCACUUCAUUUUAUAAGUCUCACAUUCGUGUGCUGGAAACUCCUGGAGAGAACAUAGCUGCUUUGCUCAUGGGUGUUGAAUAUCUUACCAAAAUUUCAUAUGUGGAUGACACAGAAGUUUUCAAGGUUUGCUUAGACUUUUGGAAUUCAUUUGUGUUGGAACUAUUUGAGGCACACCACAAUUUGGAUAAUCCUGCUGUAACGGCAAACAUGAUGGGGCUGCAGAUGCCUUUGCUACCUGGUAUGGUUGAUGGCCUUGGAUCACAACUGAUGGCCUUAUCAUGA